CCAUGUGUGUAUACUGUUGUUCAAGCGACCGCCUCUGUCUCUCUCUCUCUCUCCCCCCGCCGUAGAAGCUUCUCUAACGGAAUCUUCUGAGGGAUCGCCUGAAUUUGAAAUUACCUUUAAAAAAUAGACGAAAAUGGAAGAGAGUCGCCGGCGUGAUUCAUCAUCGCUACCGGUGUUAACAGAUCUCACCGUGGAUGAAAAUUUUGGACCGUCGAGUCCGUCGGACUCGGACUCGUACUCAUCUUUGAUUGUUGAGAAUUCCAAAGGAAGGUUGCAACAAAUUGAAGAUUCAGCGAAGGAUUGUCUCACAGCAUGGACAGAUGAGAAGCAUGAUAUGUAUCUUGAUCAUCUGGAAUCAUCAUUUGUUGAGCAGUUGCAUCAGUCUAUAGGCGUACUUGCUUGGUGCUCAGAGCAUGACUCAAAGGGUCCUUAUUUUUCUCAAAAGCUGCAUGCUAAAACUAGAAAUACUUCUCAGAUGCUUAAAAUGAUACAAGAUGACUGCUCGGAGAAGAUUGACCUCAAGAGAAGCCAGCCUCUAUUGAACUGUACAUCUGAUUCUCUUGUUCUUCUGAAAAGCCGUCCUAGGUGUGCAGGCAAACAACGUUUUGCAAGAGCAGCCAAACUGCAGGAUAGCAGCGCUUCUAGGAAUUUGUGCAUAGAAGACAAGCUUCUUUUCAAUGAGGCAGGAAUAUGCUCAGAGCAGAUCGCUGCAAGGCAUGGGAAACCGGUUGACUGUGCUGGAGAAUUCUCAGAUCAAAACUUUGCAGAUGAAGCUAGUAGUGAGCAGAUGUGUAUAACAACAAUGUCAAAGCGGUCAAAGACCAUCGUAUCAGAAGUUUGAAGCAAAGAUCCAGUAAAAUAUUAUCUUCAGACUGUUUUAUAUCAGUUAGCGAAAACGGUAUAAUCAUUAUACUCUUUGCAUGCUCUUUGUGGUCUUCAGAUAUUGCCAUGUGGAGAUUCGGAAUGCGGAUGUGAAUACAUACACAACAAAAUGUCACACCAUCACUAGUUUCUUUAGAGAAAUCUAAGCUCUCCUUGUCUCAUAAAAUCUUUAACCCCGAAAUACACCAUUUAGAUUCGGAUACAUACUGAAUUUGGUGAAAUUUUUGCCCUUUUGCCCCCAAACAUAGGCAUCACCUUAGGGUAGAGGAAAUAUCUGCAUACAUAUACUUCCAAACCCUACUCUGAGUGGAAUAUUUUGGUACGUUUAGUUUGGUUAUAUACAAGUAGUGGGACUACAACCCUGUUCUAAGUGGGAUAUACCGGGUACGUUUGGUUUGAUUACAUACAAGUAGUGGGACUAAAACUCCGGGAUCCAAUGCUUUCGCAAUCAAAAUCCAUAUGAAGUUGUCGGUGGGUGUCAUCUCAACGAAAGAUGUGUUGCAUGAGGAGAUGAUGAUUUUGUAGAAGUUGCAUGAAACAGGUAUUUGAUUCCUUUGAAUUGGUAUCGAUUGUAUUCGGGGUUUUUUGUGUUUCAUAUUAUACAGCUUGUUCAAAAUCGCGCACUCUCAUAAUAUGUUGUUUUUUUUCUACGUAUCUCGUAUUUUUACUAUUAGAAGCCAAAUCCGAACAUUUUGUUUUAGUUGUUCUGUACAUUUUCGCUUAUUUGAACCGAUACAAAACUAUAUCCAUGGAGAGUGCUGGUAAUUUGUAUCUAAGAGGCUGUUUGGCAGUU